UACGCGUAGUUGGCGCGAUGCCAACAAUACAUGAUGCCUCAGCUUCACAAGUAGGACAGAUUCGACAGUCUCUGCUUCAUUGGUAUGAUCAAAAUCAGAGAUGCUUGCCAUGGAGGGACAUAGUCAUGAAGGAGAAAGAUGUCAAUGUAAAGGCAUAUGCUGUCUGGGUUUCAGAGAUAAUGCUGCAGCAAACCCAGGUGGCCACCGUGGUGGAGUACUUCAACAGGUGGCUUCAACGGUGGCCCACCGUGCAGCACUUGGCCAAGGCUGACGUGGAAGAGAUCAACAAGCUUUGGUCUGGAUUAGGAUACUACUCACGGGCCAAAAGACUCCAUGAAGGUGCUCAAAAGGUGUGUACUGAGCUCGGCGGUCGCGUGCCCGACUCGGCCGAGGCGCUGCUCCGGCUGCCCGGUGUCGGCCGCUACACGGCCGGCGCCAUCGCCUCGAUCGCCUUCGGCCGGCCGGCGCCCGUCGUCGACGGUAAUGUGGUGCGCGUGCUGGCCCGGCUGGACGCCAUUGGCGCCCCCUCUGAUUCCAAGCCGGUGCUGGAGCGACUCUGGUCGACCGCCGGCCGGCUGGUGCCGCCCGACCGGCCGGGGGACUUCAACCAGGCGCUGAUGGAGCUGGGCGCCACCGUCUGCACGCCUCGCGCGCCCAGCUGCGCCGCCUGCCCCGUCCGACAGAUGUGUGCCGCCCACCGGCUCGCCCAGGCGUCGCCUCGGCAAGAUCCGCCUCGGCGGCGCCGAGGCCGGGCCGGGUCGACCGUGGACGACAUCGAGGAGUGCGCCGCCGGCUGCCCGCUCUGCCUGCCGCCCGGACUCUGGGAGGGCGGCGCGGGCGUGCUCAACUUCCCGCGCAAGACCCGCAAGGUGGCGCCGCGCGUUGAGCACACGGCCGUCUGCGUGGUGCACCACGAGCGCCGCCGCUUUCUCCUGGCGCGCCGGCCCGACACGGGUCUGUUGGCUUCGCUCUGGGAAUUCCCGGGCGUGGUGCUGCCGUCGCUGGAGCUCUCUGACGACGAGGUGGACGCUGCCCUGCGCACGCUGCUGCCCGGUCAGCUGGCGCUGCCGCCGCCGGCGCCGCUCCCAUCUCUCGGCGACAUAGUGCACGUGUUCAGUCACAUCCGACGGACGUACCGGGCGCGCGCGGCGGCGGCGGCGGCGACCGCGCAGGACGAGCAGCAGCCGCCGGUGCCGGCGGGCUACAGCGCAGCCCGUUGGGUGACGCGUGAGGAGCUGCUGCAGGCCGGUAUCCCCACCCCCGUCCGCAAGAUUCUGAAGCUGUUCGACGCGGAAGCGGCGUCGCGGCCGGCCAGGCGUCGGCCCGCGCCUGUGACGUCACAGCCGGACGGGAAGCGCCAGCUGACGCUGCGCGCCUUCCUCGAC